AUGUUGUCUCGUUCUUCAAUUCGUGCUUAUAGCACAGUACCCAACGGUAUUAAGAUUGCUUCUAAAAGACCGCAAAAUGAGUUGACCAAGCUUUCAGUUAUUGUUCAAAACGCUGGGUCGAAAAAUGGAAAAUUUGGAACUGGUCAUUUAUUAUCUAAAUUUGCGUUUUCUAGCACCGGUCCAAAGUCAGCAUUGAGGUUUACUAGGGAGUCUGAGCUUUUAGGAGGUGUUUUUGACGCGAAAGUGACGAGGGAUGCCUUGGUUUUAAAUGCAGCAUUUUUGAAACAGGAUUUACCAUAUUACGUUGAAGCUUUCGGUAAUGUUCUUGCAAACACUAGAUUCACUCCACACGAAUAUGAGGAAGUUGUUUUACCGGCCGCCAAGUACGAAGCUUUGGCUGCACAUGCGGAUCCACAUUUCAGCGGGUUGGAAAAAUUACACGAAUUAACCUUCAAUAAAGGUUUGGGAAAUCCGCUCUUGUAUAGUGACUCAACACCAGUAAAUGUGGAGGAAGUUGCCGGAUUUGCCAAAGAGAAUUUCACUGCGGAAAACGUUUCUAUAUUUUCAGAAGGUGCCAUUGAAGCUGACUUGGCCAAGUUUGUUGAAGAAUCUGCAUUUAGCUCUUUACCUAGGGGAUCAAAUCCAACUUCUUCUUCAACUCCUAUCGACGUCCAUAAGAACCAAGAGGCUAGGAUCCCAUCAGCCGGAAAGUCAGCUGCUUUACUUGGGUUCCCAAUCAAACCAGCUGAUUUUGGAAAAUACGAAGUUUUAUCGGCAGCUAUUGGUACUUCAACAUUGCCUACAUCAGACGCACCAUUGUUCAAUAUUCCAGGUGCUACUUCGCAUUUAUACAAAUACAAUGAUGCUGGAUUGUUUGUCAUUUCCGUCUCCGGAAAAGCCGACGAAGUUGCACAAGGUAUCAAGGCAGCUAAGAAAGUUGCUGAAUCUAUUUCAAAUAGCCAAUUGGAAAAAUCUGUUAAAGCUGCGGAAUUGUCAGUAGCAUUACAAUCAACAGUAUCAAAUCCAUUGAGUAUAAAGGUAUCGGCAAGUCAAGCUCCACUCAAGGAUUUCAACUACGUUGCUGUUGGUGAUUUAAAUGUAUUACCAUUUGCUUCUGAAUUAUAG